AGAAUGCACCAUAAGAUUAAGACAAUUAAUUAUUAAAUAAAAAAAAACGCUGGAAAGGGCCCUUGCCCUGAUGGAAAUCUGUGCACCUUGCACUCCUGAAUUGGUGCAAUUUAUGUAAGGCUUCCCUGGUGGACCAAAUAACUACAACAGUUAGUUCCAUUAUUAUAAUUUAGUUGUGAGAGGGCAGACUGCCGGCCGGACUGCAUUUUUACGAGGAGAUAGAGCAUGGAUGAUGAGCAUGACCAUACUAUUAUGGCAGACAACGAAAUUUAUUCGUUUGAGGAAGAUGUUGAUGAUCCGCUCCUAGAGUUAGAGGUGCCAGUAGUUAACCUUGUGUCUUCACUGCCUGCUGCUGGACCCAGCAAUCGUAAUUUAUUUUUGAAAUCAACCUGUGCAUCUAGUACUUCAUCGGGCUCUGCGGUUAAGAAGUAUUUCUCAAAAAACACCAAUCAGGAUGGAAAAAAAUGCCAAUUCGUUUGUCUUGUUUGCAAUGUUGUUGUGUUGGGUGAAAACACAUCUAACUUGUGGUCACACCUAAAGAACAAGCACUUCAAUUAUUACCUCAUAUGCUGGAAAGAGAAAGAGGCAAAGAAAAAGAAGCAACAGAUGCUGACAGCUGGCAAGGUGACUUCAUCGACAGAGUCAACAGCUAAAGAUAAAAAAGACAGUGAUGAUGAGCUGAUUGGUUGUAGUGAGGGUGGCCAGUCUUCUGCAUUAUCUAGAAAGAGGCCUGCCGCUGGUGAAAAUCGCCAAGAACUUAAAAGCAAAACCAAGCAACUGUCAAUCUUGGAGAGUUUUGGCACACGAAGGCUUAACGCAAGUACAAUGUUGGGAUAUAUCAAAGACUUAUUUUUGACUUGCCAAUCUGCCAGUUUAAAAAUUCUUGAUGCUCCCUCCUUCCAACAAAUUGUUGUUAGUGCGUGCCCAAAUAACAACCUUUUCACUUCACAGGAGCUCAUUGAGAAUUUUCGUGCAGAGUAUCACCUGAAAUAUGAUAGAUUUGUGUCUGCCCUAUCCAUCAACAACGAUGCAGUUCUGACCCUUGGAGUGGAGACACACAUUCAUGAUCUAAAAAAAUUCCUAUUAGGAAGUAUUUACUUUUGUUACGAAGAGAAGCCAAUUCAAAAGGUCGUGGUAUCCACGAAAGAAUUGAGAGAUGAAGUGGGCGUGGAUAUGAUGAGCACCAUCUCAGACUGGAUGAGUUACAUAAUUGACGCUGAAAUCUUCCGUGGGAGAAUUGCUCUUAUCCUGGUUGAUAACACUGAGCCAGGAUUGCAAGAAGCCGCUCUGAUUGCAGGAAGCGAGGCAGUGCCUUUGAUCCCAAUUGUCGUGUGUCUGAGCUCAGCGCUUCAAAGAGCGUGGAAAACUGUCCUGCAACACACCAACGACUUGGAAUUCUUCAAGCAAUGCAUUGCUCCUCUCCUCAAGCUCACAAAAUGUGAGCAGUUUUUGCUAACACUCACUGAAGACGAGAAAGUGAAAGUACGUGGUUUUGACACAGAUGAGUUGUUUGAACUUGUCAUCGACCACCACACUGAACUCGCAUCCCAUGAUACAACAGAGAGGGCUGAAGCGUUGAGUAGGAGUGAGCUGAAGACGGCCAGAGAAUUAGUCGAAUGUCUCAAGAAGCUAAAAAAGGUCCUUGCUUCAUCGAUUAUUCAGCCCAACCAGGUCCAUUUAUCGAUGUGGAUGACAUUGAAAAAUCUCUUUGCUGCAUUCCUGACGGACAUAAAGACCAAAUCACUUUCUCGGGAGGCCAAAGAGCUCAGCGAAUUCGUGGGACAAGAGAUUGAAUCUUGCUUUUUCACGUCUGACGUUGAAUUCAGCGCAUUCGUCAGUUUGCUUGACUAUCGCGUUAAGAAUGAUCAAACCAUGCCAUCACAAAUACGAGCUGAAGCAAUUCGUAGACUUGAACGGGAGUUGAGUCAAUCAACGUCGAGAAACGCCUCAAAUACUUUGGCGGAGAAACAAACUAAAGAGGACAAAGGAGAUGGCUUUUUAGAAUCUUUUUGGACUCAGUUAGUUGCUGAAAGAGCCAUCACAAACACAAACGUAAGCCGAGCACAUUUUGGGAUGUCUCAUACCCUAAAAAGCUAUAUGGAGGAGUCCAUGGUACCAUUAAAUAUGGUGGAUAUGCACAGUGCUUGGUUUGCCAAAAGAGGUCACCCACUUUUCAAAAUUGCACAAAAAUACUUCUCAGUGAUUUGCCAGAACUCGAUGAAGGUUGUUGUUCCCCACAGGGAUAUUUGCAGUGACGACAUUCAAAUGAUGACUUUCCUUGCCAAUUAUCCUGCCAACUUGUGAUGUUAAUCGUUACAAAAUGAAGUCAAAGUAGAAAUAAAUUGUAAAAAC